GAACCAGUCGUCUCCUUCCUCGCGUCGUCCCCGUAUCCACGCCCCCAGCCUUGCCGUCGCCGUCGCCUGGCUGUGUCCAGGAGCUGGUCCCCGUCGUCACCCGCUCGUCCCCGUCGCCUGGCUGCGCCCAGCCUUGUCGCCGCCGGGCCCCUCCACGCGCCCAGCCUGGCCGUUGCCGUGCCCUGGUCCUCCUCCUCGCGCCCAGCCUUGCCGUCGCCGCGCCCAGGCCCUCCUCCUCGCGCGCCCAGGUCCUCCUCACGCCCUGGCCCUCCUGCUCGCGCGCCCAGGUCCUCCUCCUCGCGCCCUAGCCCUCCUCCUCGCGCCCAGGUGCUCCUCGCCCAGGUAAUUCUCGCGUCGCCCAGAGCAAGGAGAAGCAAUACAUUAGCAAGAUACGAGAUCAAAAUCAAUUCCACUAUAGUGGAGUACAAGAUCCAUGUGCUUGACAGUGGAGUAUAAGAUCAAGAGGAGUAGCUUCGAGAGCAGCAAUAAAUCACAGUAGCAAUAAUUUCUCAUCAUAGCACAACACCAGAUCAGGAGAUCUUCAAAUUACUCCAGAUCAAGGAAUCAGGUGUGCUCCAGAUCAAGAUCAAGAGUACAGGAGUAGGACAACAAAAGAGAUCUUCAAAUUACUCCACAUCAAGAGAUCGAUAGCUCAGGAUUAGGACAACAAAAGCAUUAAGAGCAUCAUUAACACAACAGCUGAUCAAGAGGAGCAGUUGAUCAAGAGGACCAGCAACAACAACAGCAUUAUCAGCAGUAUCAAUAGCAGGCGGCAUUAUUAGCAGCAUUAUCAGCAAGAACAGCACCAGCACAACAACAGUAGCAAGUGGAGCAACAACACAGGAUCAGUAGCAAGAGGAGAAGCAGUAUCACAUCAACAGUACCGGAACAUAGCAGCAGCAGCACAAAAUGCUCCCAGACCUGAACUGCUCACCACCUUCAGGAGAAGAAGAAGCUGAUGUGAAUAUGGUCCAAGAAGAAGAAGUAGCAGAUGUCCAAGAAGAAACAUUAAAUGUCCAAGAAGAAGCAACAGGUGUUCAGCAAAUACGAAGGCAAAGAAAGUCACUAACAGAUGAGCAGAGAUAUGCUGCUUACAUGGCAAUGCUUACGCUGAAUAUGAGUAGGGGUGGCAAGUUUAAAAGAACUGACAAGAAGGAUGUUGCUCGAAUUUUUCAAGCUGAUAUUCAAGUUAUUCAGAGAAUCUGGAGGACAGCAGAGCGACAAAAAGAGCUUGGUAAGGAGGUGGAUGUGUCCAACCAAAAGAAAAGAAGAUGUGGAAGGAAAGGAAAGGAUAAUGUCCUAUCUCAAAUCCCCACAGUUCCAUUGAAUAGAAGGUCGACUCUCAGGUCACUUGCUCGCGCAUUGGGUGUCAGUCACACUACACUCUACCAGAAACUCAAGCUUCACAAGAUUAGGAGGCACUCCAAUCGUUUGAAGCCAAGCUUGAAAGAAAAGAAUAAAAGAGAAAGAAUCAAGUUUUGUAUGUCGAUGCUUGAUGAGACAACUUUAGCAGCUACAAGACCUAAAUUCAUCAGUAUGCACAACAUUGUGCAUAUUGACGAAAAGUGGUUCUAUAUGACAAAAAUGAACAGAAACUACUACCUCCUCCCUCAUGAAGAUGACCCGGUCAGAACCAUUCGGAACAAGAACUGUAUUGGCAAAGUAAUGUUCCUGACCGCUGUUGCUCGACCCAGAUAUGAUGCUGAAGGCAAUGUAACAUUCUCAGGAAAAAUUGGUGUCUGGCCUUUCGUCCAAGAGAUUCCAGCUGCUAGAAGAAGUGAAAAUAGAGCAAGAGGGACCAUGGAAAUCAAGAACGUCACUGUGAACCGACACGUAAUGCGGCAGUAUAUGAUAGAGAAAGUGGUUCCGGGAAUAAAAGAAGUGUGGCCCACAGAUGAUAUUGGCCCAAUAUUGAUCCAACAGGACAACGCGAAGACACAUAUUCUUCCCGGUGAUGCAGAGUUUGCAGAAGCUGUGGCUACAACUGGUCUCGACAUUAGAAUAAUACAACAACCUCCAAAUUCUCCAGAUCUGAAUGCACUUGAUCUUGGAUAUUUCAGAUCCCUUGAGUCUUUGACCGACUGCAGAGCCCCUACGACUAUCAAAGAACUGAUUCAAGGUGUGCAGGAAGAGUUCGAUGAGUAUGAUGUCGACAAACUCAACCGAAUAUUUCUAACACUUCAGACCAUCAUGGUUGAAGUGAUGAACUAUCAAGGAGGAAACUCGUAUAAAAUUCCACAUUUGCGGAAGGAGAGAUUGGAAAGGCAAGGAAUGCUACCGCCUAUGAUACAUUUCCCUCGUGAAGUUUAUGAUAAUGCCAUGGAGAUUCUAGGACAAGAUGUCGCAUGCAGUGGAGUAUGUUGA